ACCCUCUGCACCUGACAAGCCCCCCAACUACUGCCACCCAUUUUCCGGCCGGAAAUCCGGCAAAGCUUGGGGAUUUCUCCCUAUUUUCUUGUCUUAGAACACCUGUUGAACCCAGAAAAUCCCAGAUCUGCGUCUUUCCCCCCCUCUGCUGUCCGUCGGCUUCAACUUGUGGGUUUGAAAUUUCUGGGCAUUUUUCGCCGUGAGUUCCCCUGCAGAAUUUCUUCUUCUCUGCCGCCGGCUUCUCCCCCCUGUUAGGCUCGGUUUUGCUUGCUAAAUUUUGGUUCCUGAUCGUCCUGUCAGUUAGCAUUGAGAUUGAGUGCUCGGUUUUGUGCGAGCGAGGUAAGUAAAUUAUGGUAAAGCCCUUUGAUUUUAAAGCAUGUUUUAAACUGUUUUUGAGAUGGUGGCAAGGUUUAAAUUGAUUUUAAAUUGAUUUUAUCCGCAUCUGAAUGUGAUGAAACUGAAAUGGAAUUUGUGAUGGUUUUUAUGAGAAUUUCACUGUUUUUCUGGAAUUGAGCAUGAUUGGAAUGAAAAUGGGAAUUGCAUUGUUUUAUGGAAUUAAGCAUGAUUGGAAUGAAAUUGUUUUCUUUGCAUUGAGUAGAGCAUGCUUAUUUGGAAUUGACUGAACUGUUUUGAUGAACUGAGAGUUUGCAAAUUCUGAGUUUUCUGUUAAAUCCAUGGUCACAUGGAAAUUUUCCGGUUUAUGUCUGAGAUUUGAGAUUGAUUGUGAAUGAUGGAUUUUUCUAGAAAUCCUGCAUGGUUUUGUCUCGGAUAUAGUCAUGAUUACUGACGCCCGCUAGUGGGAGCUGUAAACGCUAGCACAUGUCGACAUUCUGUUACGCUUACAUGGUUUAUCUGGCAUGCUUCAAAGUUUUACCCAAGGGCUAUCCAUAUUUACUUACUGAGUUAUCUCAUAGUUUUCCUUGUCCACCAUUUCAGGAAUCGAAACCGAGGACGGGGAAACCGAUGGGAGUGACGAAUUAGAAGGCUAGCCAUUCAAUUGGGGUAUAAGUUUUAGAUUUUAUCAUCCUUUUGUAAGGUUGAUUUUAUUCAUGAGAUUUUGUGAUUUGGAUAAGUUCCGAGCCUUGUGCAUUUGUGGGACCCACUCACGAGUGCACGGCGUCUGUCGCCCCUCAGAUUUGGGU